AUGUGGAGACGGGUCAUGACAAAAUUUCUCGAAGAGGGUCACGAGAUUUAUGCCCUGGAUUGGCUUGGUCAUGGACGAAGUGACAAGCCGCGCCGAGAUUCUAUUACAUUCGAGCUACACAUGCGGACUUUGAGUGCUUUUUUCAACCAAUUGCAACUUAAAAAUGUCAUAAUGGUAGCGCACAGUUGGGGUGGGUGCGUGGCUCUUUGCUGUAUCCCUCAUCUUCCAUCGUCCUCAUGCAGCGGCCUUUUCCUCAUUAACUCAUUUUUACCGCACCGUCCUGACGAGAUGAGUCGAGAUUGUGGUCUUCUCUACUGUCUUUGGUUCCUCAUGAGUAAAGUUUUAGAUGGUUUCAUCUCUGAAACCACUAUCAUGCGACUCAUAUCCCCGCAAAUUUUGGAGGGAGAUAUUGAAGCCUACAGUGCGCCGUACCAGCACCUACCCGCGUACGCUAAGCCCACCACUGAGCAUUUUGCACAUAUCGGUACUGCAUUGCCGCAAUUUUUCCUGAAAUACAUCCGUGAGACACCGUUGUGGAAAGUGUGUGAAGCUAUUUGUGGUCCGAGAAACUUCAGUGACCUGAACACUUUGGCUCUUCUAUCAGAAAGGGCUGACACUGCAAGAUAUUACUGGCAAGAGAAACAACGGGAAGACGUGAAAGAAACCAUACAGGAGAGACUGAAGAUUGUUGUCGUAUUCGGAGACCGCGAUCCAUUGCCAAAAGGUUACAAAGAGACCCUUGUUCAUCUAAUUGGCAAGGAGUACAUGGCAGACUGGGCAUCAGAUGGAAUAUGGCUGAACAAUGCGGGCCAUUUCCCUAUGGAAGAUAAACCGGAAGAUGUUGCAAAUUUGAUAGCUAGAUUAACCUAA